CUUAUUGUAACGUAAGCUAUAAAAGUAAUAUGGCGGACGCGGAUGUAGUUCGCUGCCAGCUCCUUACCAUCGGUAGCAGGACGUACCGUGUACAAGGCAGCUCUGCUUCCACGCUUACCCAUCAGCCAGAUCGUGGAGAGCAUGUUGUAGGCACACGUUGGCAGCAAGACGAGGAGGACGAUGAAGCCGCUCUCGCCGCGGAAUGCGACGCAGACAUGAUCGACGAGUCGCUCAUACAGCAGGAAGGCAACCAAUUCGUGGCCAGAUUGUCCUGCGAUGCGGAGGUAUUCCCCUUCCUCAUCGGCAAAGAAGGCCGCACCCGUAAAGCCAUAGAGUCCGACACGGGGUCGCAGCUCGUCAUACCUCGCCGACCCAACCCACAACAACAACAGCAGCAGCAGCAGGGAGGAGGGGCAGGAGGCGCGCAGCAGGGAGGAGGCGGCGAGGUGUUGAUCCGGGG